AUCGAUGUGUGUCAGGUGGACCACGACACCAUCGUCGCCGGCUCUUGUUCUGCGCCUCAUGCGCUCAUGGCGGCUCGAGAGAAGUGCGAGGGAGCGCUGACGUGUGACAUCGUUGUGAGGGACGAGGCGUUUGGCAUCAGUGGAGCCUCGUGGUGCCCGACACGAUUCACCCGACUGGCUAUUGUGUAUGAGUGCACAAAUGGCGACAUCACGCGCUUCUAUCCUGCAAGUAACAGCAGCCAGCACCACACACAUGAACGUGCACAUGAGACUGUCUGCCUGUCUCUCUGUAUCUUUCAGAGGAUCUCCGCGCCCGCAAGCUUGUGCCAGCCGACAAGAGCUCAUCGCUGCUCCACUACAACCCUCUCAUCCACUCAAUCCCGGCGACAGACCAGGUGAUGCCCGACACCAAGGGCGAGUACCUGCGCCUUCCCGACAUCUUCACCCCGUGCACCGAGCGCGACACCAUCCCGACGAAGGCGCCGAUCGUAUGGGCACGAGAAAGCGAAACACACCCACAUGAUGGACACGGUCUUGGUUCAUUUUCUGGUCUUUUGGUUGUCUUUAUAGCAUCUGUGGAUGGUGCCAAGCACACGUGCGAUGACAAUCCGCUGUGCCGAUUCUUUAUUUUCAAUGCCAACAAUGCCACACUGUGCAAGUGGGUAUCCAUACGCCGUCACACGAAGGCAUGUGGAUACACGUGUGUCGCCGUGUGAAUGGCUCUAUAGGGGCACGUCACUCGACGGCUCGGAGCACAGAGACAAGGCGGAGACGCACAUCAAGGGCACAGCGGUCAUUGAUGGCAUAGACGACUUCGAUGGUCGACUCAACCAUCAAGUAGGCAGCAUGGAGACCACACACAUAGGGUGUUCGGCUGUGUGUGUGUUCAUCUAACGCGAUGGCUGCGUGUGUGUCCGUCUUCGUGCAGGGAAUCUGUGAGGAUGAGGACAUCAUCUCAGACAUGCCGAAUGUUUUCGAUUUCAACACUGCCGCGUCCAUCUGCAGAGCCAAUGCCGACUGUGCGUCAUUUACCCUCUCAUCCUCCGUUGGACUCAAGAAGCAGUCUGGGUUUGCGAACCACCUGUGGCUGUGCAAGGCUCCACUGCACCCAGUCCCGCACAGCGGAUGGAUCGCGGCGGGCAAGCUCCACCAAGGUACAUCGACACACAGACGCACACUCACUUCGCUUCGCACCAUCCAUCUUCUCUGUGUGUGUGCAGGAUUGGUUGGCCAAGGCCCUCGACCCUACCUGGCCAACGGCUUUGCUGACGGACCAGUAUCGCUGCGUGCAUGAGGGG